AUGGUGCUGCUAGCUACUGCACAAGCUCUUCUCAUCUCGCCUACUCGACUUGCACAUCCAGUACGAAUGCUGAUUGACCCAGGCUCAGAACUCACGCUUAUCGCCCAACAGCUUACUCUCCUGCUUGGUCUCAUGCCCUCUGAUUCUCGCAUUCCAAUCAUUGGAGUCGGAAACGUGCCGUCAGGAUCAACAAAGGGUACUGUUGAAAUAUCUCUACGCUCUACGCACUCUGACGACCAGGUCAAUCUCCACGCGCACGUACUGCCAUCUCUCACUGUCGAGCUGCCUCCAGUCACUAUCUCCAGUCAAUCCUGGCCUCACAUCGCCGAUUUGGAUCUUGCUGAUCCAGAACACCUAUCACCAGGUCGAAUUGACAUACUCGCCGGAGCAGACUCGUAUGGCCUGAUAAUCAAGCCUGGAGUAAGAGCUGGACAACCAGGUCAGCCUAUUGCGAUUCAGACAAUCUUCGGAUGGGCUGUUCUUGGACCUAUUACUCAAUCGCCUCACUCAUCGCCUGCGCAUCAACAUCAUCUUAUCUCCAAUUCACAUCUACACGAGCUCGUAACAAGAUUUUGGGAGGUCGAGGAAGUUCCAUCGACUCACCAGGAAUCUCUCAGCGCUGAAGAAGCUGAGUGCGAGGCUCACUUCAUCGCAACGCACUCUCGCGACAGCUCAGGUCGCUACAUCGUGCGUUUGCCAUUCAAAUCAAAUGCUCCGCCUCUUGGACACUCGAAAGGCAUCGCACAACGCUCGCUAGCUCGACUACUAAAUCGCCUAUCGCAUCAACUUGAACUUCAUCGACUGUACCAAGACUUCCUCAACGAGUACGAGUCUAUGGGUCACAUGGAGAAAGUCCAGCCUCAAAACACUUCCACGGACGGAUAUUACUUGCCUUAUCACGGCGUAAUGCGCAAUAAUAAGAUCCGAGUAGUGUUCAACGGCUCCUCCAAGACCACUUCAGGUUACACGGUCAACGACCUCCUGCUGCACACUGGUCCUAAAACCCAGAAUGACAUCUUUGACGUGCUGCUCUACGUCAGACGUCAUCACUACAUCUUCACAACAGACGUCGUGAAAAUGUUUCGCCAAAUCUCAGUGCAUCCAGACGAUCGCAAGUAUCAACGCAUCCUCUGGGUUGACGAGAAUUCUCGUAUCCAGGAGUAUGAGCUCACGACAGUUACCUACGGUACCAAGCCUGCUCCGUACCUCUCAGGCCGCGCGCUGCAGCAAUUGCUGCUCGACGAAGGUCAUCUGUUCCCUCUCGCAAAGGAACCCUUCGAACAAGGCAGCUACGUUGAUGAUGUCACUGGCGGUGCUGAUGAUCUCGACUCGCUAAACGCCAUCGCUACUCAAGUUGAAGAGAUGUGCCUACGGGGAUGCUUCCCACUGUCAAAGUGGAAAAGUAAUCACCCGGACUUCUUUAAACUUCAUUCAUCUCCAUCAUCCUGCUCCGAGACUCAUGAAUUCAGCGAGUCAUCCUCCAAGAUACUUGGUCUCACCUGGCAAUGCGCUCCAGAUCUGCUCAAGUUCACCGAUCAGUCGGUACAAAGACCAGCCAUCACCAAACGCACAAUCCUGUCUGAGACAGCUCAAUUGUUUGACCCUCUAGGGUUAAUAUCACCAGUCGUAGUUCGUGCUAAGGUGCUGAUGCAAGAUCUCUGGCAAGAAAAGGUCGGAUGGGACGAUCAACUCACUCCGCAGAUUAUUCAUCGCUGGAUGACAUUCCGCCAGGAACUCUCUCAGCUCUCGCAACUAGCAAUCCCUCGCUGGCUGCAACUUCGCUCUGACGACACGGAAGUCGAAAUCCACGGCUUUUUGGACGCAUCACUAGCUGCAAUGGCAGCUGUUGUCUACGUCAAAGUCUCAACUCCUGGGGAAUCAUCAAAGGUGACUCUGGUCUGCUCCAAGACACGAGUUGCGCCCCUGAAUCGCCUAACAAUACCACGAUUGGAGCUUUCAGCUGCACUGCUCUUAUCAAAACUCAUCAAGCGAGUUCAAUCGACUCUCCAACUCAAUCAUGCUCAUGUUACCUUGUGGACAGACUCCUCAGUAUCCCUCGCUUGGAUCAACAGUGACGCAAUGCGUUGGAAGGAGUUCGUGAAGAACUGGGUUCAAGCUAUCCAGACAACUACACCUGAUGCCACGUGGAAGUUUGUCUCAGGGAAGCACAACCCCGCAGACUGCGCCUCUCGAGGCCUGACACCCUCGCAACUUAUCACACACAAUCUCUGGUGGUCAGGACCCGACUGGCUCACUGAAUCACCACGCCUCUGGCCUUCGUUCGCCGCUCCGACUGAUCAACCAGCUGAUGACGAAGUUCGACCAAGUGCUGUACUCACCACGAUUGCUCCGAAAUUACCGUUUGAAACUUUAUUCGACAAAGACAUCAGUCUCACGAAGCUUCUACGCAUCACAGCUACAAUUCAACGCGCAGCAGCAUGUUUCAAGCGAACACCAGCAUCAAAUCUCACAGCAUCACCGUUGAACCCAGCUGAUCUGCAAUUCGCGCUCACGUUCUGGAUCAGAGCUACGCAGCAAGUUCACUUUGCCAGCGAAAUUCGUGCAAUUUCCCAAGGCAAAGCACUAGCAAAAUCGCACCCGCUCACCAGACUCACUGCCUGGAUCGAUCAAACCGGUCUGUUACGAGUUGGUGGACGCCUGCAAAAUGCUCAGCUGGAAGAAGAUGCCAAAAAUUCUCCAAUUCUACCCCGAGAAUCGAGAAUCACUACGCUCUGCAUCUCCAACGCACACACUCGCACCAUGCACGGUGGUACGCAGCUCACACUCAACUACGUACGCCGAUACUGCUGGAUACUUGGUGGUCGCGCUCUUAUCAAGCAUCACAUUCAUCACUGCGUCACCUGCGCCAGGAUACGCGGAACACGCGCUCAACAACGCAUGGGACAACUUCCAGCUACACGUGUCACACCAUCACUUGUCUUCGAACAUACCGGAGUCGACUACGCAGGCCCAGUGUCUCUCAAGUUCUUCCAGGGGCGUGGCACGCGCUCAUACAAAGCGUGGAUCGCAGUGUUCGUGUGUUUUUCAACCUCUGCUGUUCACUUGGAGCUUGUCACCGAUUACACCGCCCACGGUUUCCUGAAAGCCUUCAGACGCUUCACUGCACGACGCGGCAUCUGCAAGACGCUCACCAGUGACUGCGGAACCAACUUCCAAGGCGCCUACGUCAUCCUGAAACGACUGCUUGCUGGUUCCACCGAAGAAUCAAAGCAUUUACAGCAACUCAUCGCUAAUGACGGCACCAAAUGGAAGUUUAAUCCACCAGUAGCUCCUCACAUGGGUGGCAAAUGGGAAGCUGCCGUGAAAUCCAUUAAACACCACCUCUCUCGCACCAACUCAGACAAGAUCCUCACGUACGAGGACUACUCUACGCUACUGACUCAGGUUGAAGCAGUGUUGAACUCUCGACCCCUCAGUGCUCUGUCCGAAGAUCCAGACGAUCUCAUCGCCCUUACGCCUGGACACUUCAUCCGAGGAGCAGCUCUCACCACGAUACCUGAGCCAUCACUUCUCGACACGCCUCACAACCGACUACCAAGGCUGGAAGAGAUUCAACAAAGGUUCCAACUGUUCUGGUCUCACUGGUCAGACGCCUGCCUGAAAUCUCACCAGACCAUUUUCAAGUGGAACACCACAUUCCACGACAUCAACGUCGGAUCGCUCGUCUUACUCUCAGACGAACGCUAUCCACCGUCAAAAUGGCCGUUGGGACGCGUCACGCACAUUCACCCAGGCAAAGAUGACCUGACGCGCGUCGUCACCAUCGAGACUGCUACAUCGACGUACACGAGACCUAUACACAAGUUGGUACUCCUUCCGAUCCCGAGGCACAAGGGAGAUCUUUAA